CUCUUAUUCGAAUUUGAACUUAUCAACAAGACAUAAUGAAGAUCCUUCAAUUUAUAUUUUUGAUCAUUUUGUUUAUUACUGCUGUAACUUCAAUUCCAUGCCGAACUCGAGCUCCUGUAGUUGAAGAAGUUGAACCGCAACCUGAAAGACAUCGCAGGGAAGCGAGUAAUAACGAUGGUGGCCCCCGACGUGGUGGAUAUUAAAUCUAUCUGAGAUGGAUGAUGAAACUAUUCAAAUCUAAUCAUUGUCAGUCAACUUAUUUUAUUAAUUGAAAUCUUCAAUUUUAAAUAAAUAAAAAAAGACAAAGAAAGAAUU